AUGCUCGGUCUAGGUGCUUAUGACAGCAGCAGUGAGGAAGAAGUUGAAACGAAGACCCCUGCGCCUCAGCACACACAGCAACAUCUCGAGGCUUUGCAAGCCAAUCAGGUCAAAGACCAGAAUGAAGCCGAUGAUUCUCCAAGUCAACUUGGCCCAAGCACCAGCAAUGUAGCUCCGAACGGUCCUGUGCUAGGCCCGGCAGUUAUGAACACAACUCCCUACCCGGAAGAGCGCCCAGCAGGCGGCUACACUUCUCCCUUUUCAGCAUCCCGGGCUUUGAUUCAGGACUUGACACUGCCUCCAGUUCCUAAUUUGGAUAUCCCCCCAUCCCCGUCAGGAUCCCCCGACCCUGCCGCAAAUGCCAAGUUCGAGCAUUUCCUUUCCCUCAAGAAAAAUGGCGUACAUUUCAAUGCAAAGCUGGCAAGCUCAUCGUCCUUGAAGAACCCGAGCUUAUUGAUCAAAAUGAUGGAACAUGCUGGGAUUGAUGAGCAAGCACAGUAUGAUACCUCCUUACCAGUGGAACUCUGGAAUACCUCCACCCUACCGCCCUGGGCAUUCAAGGAAGAGCUCCUCCGGGCUCAGCAGGAAGCUCGGCAAAGGAUGGACGAUAAGAAGGCAUCUGGACAGAGAUCCUCCAUUGAGUUUGUCUCCAGUUCUCCUACGCACGGAUCAACUUCUAGCAUGGAGAUCAAAAGAAAAGGCAAUCCGUGA